AUGACCUCGACUGGACUCCUUUCCGAUUCUUCCAUCCAAAAAGGCUUCAAUGGAGCAAUCAUAACUCAGGAGCGGUACAUCCCACCCUACGUCUUCGCCUUCGAAAUCACCUUCCACCUCGACAAGUGGCCUUCAUUCCUUAAGAAUAUCAAGCCCCCAAAACAUUUUCAUCCACAUCAGGAAGAGUAUAUAGAAGUCCUGGAAGGAGAGCUGUGCGUGGAUGUUGGGAAUCAACAGUACACACUGACCUCCCAGAGUGGGCGAUUCUGCAUUCGUCCAUGGGUGAAUCAUCGGUUGUAUCCGCCUCCGUUUCCUCCACAGCAACAGUCACUCCUUGAGAGUAGCCAUGACGACGAGACGAUCGGAGGUGGUGGGAUAAUACGAUUUAUGUUAUCCGGGCAAGAUACUCCCGAAACAUUCAAGCUUGAUAUGCUCUUUUUCAUGAACUGGUACGGAUAUCAGGAGGAAACUGUAGUUGUGGGGAAGAGCGUCGAUAUUCUGCAGGUUAUGUCGGCGGUUUGCUACGAAGGAGAAGAAGAGGGAUUGAAUAUGAUGUGUGACAAUAUGUACCUUAAAAAGCAAAGACAUUCUACCCAGCCAAGAGAGCCCGAGGCUAUCGCCUUAACGACUUUCCGGCAUCGAGUCUCCCUUAUUUGGCUGAAGCAUACUUCAACUUCUCUCAGACUUUCUAAUCGUGCCAAGUGUUAG